AAGUGAACCGGAAUCAUAUAUAAAAUAUAUAGCACAAUAUGCCUCCAAAGAAAGACGCCAAAGGUGGCAGCAAAGGCAAAGAUGCUGGCGGCAAAAAAGGUGGUGCCGGUGCUGCUGAAGAAAAAGGCAAAGAAAAGAAAGGCGGCAAUGCCGUUAAGGUACGACACAUUCUGUGCGAAAAACAAGGAAAAAUCCUCGAGGCUUUGGAAAAGCUAAAGGCUGGUCAAAAAUUCCCCGAAGUGGCGGCAGCAUACAGUGAAGAUAAGGCACGUCAAGGCGGUGAUUUAGGUUGGCAAAUACGUGGUGCAAUGGUUGGACCAUUUCAAGAUGCCGCGUUCGCCCUGCCCAUCUCAACGGUCAACAAUCCCAUUUAUACAGAUCCACCAAUUAAGACGAAAUUUGGUUACCACAUUAUUAUGGUAGAAGGAAAAAAAUAAACGAAUUUUGUUAGCAUUUUUUUUUAC